CGCUGGGUGCUGAGCUUUGUUCCACAUGCUCCCGCUCAUGACUCCUUUUUUCUCCCGCAGAAGGCGCCCACAGCCACGUCCAGUGAAUGCUGUGGGUCGACAUCGAGGAGGAGGAGGAGAAAGAGGAGAUGCUCAUGAAGAGCAUCAGCCUGGGCCUUCAGGACAUGUCCCUGCUGUUGGGGCUGUUCAUCCUCAGCGAGGUCGCCAUGUUGCCAGGCCGCGUGGUGGUGGUUUUCAGCGUACAGUGGGACGGGGACGGGUCAGGCAUUCACAUCCUCAACGUGAGCUUGGUGGGGCAGGGGCCCCAGCCCGGGGUGGGGGCCGGAGGCGGAGGAGGCGCCGCAGGAGGCGGAGAGGGCGGGGAGGACUUGCUGGAGUGCCGCAUGGCGUCCGCCAUCUUGGCUCAGUUCGUGCGGCGGUUCGCAGGCAACAUCUGCGAGCUGGAAUCCUACGGAGGCGUGCACGUGCGGCUUUGGCACAACGGCUGCCCAGAGCAAGUGCUCUUGGAGAUGGCCCUCCAGCCCUUGCUGUCCUACCACAACCAGUGCCUGACAGAGCCGCAGGAGAUGCCCCGCCUUCCCUUGCUGUCAUGCCACAACAUUCUCUGCCAGAUGGUGCCAUGGGAGAUGCCCUGCCUGCCCGUAUUGCCCUGCCACAACAACCUCUGCCUGGUGGAGCCUUGGGAGAUGCUCUCCCUGCAUGUGUUAUUUUGCCACAACAACCUUUGGCUGGCAGAGUCCGAGGAGAUGUUCCUCCUGCUUGUGCUGCCCUUCCCAGACAGCAUAUGCCUGGAGGAGCCCCACAAGAUGUACCUCCUGCCCGAGCUGCCCUUCCAAGACAGCAUCUGCCUGGGGGAGCUCCAAGAGAUGUUCCUCCAGCCCGUGCUGCUGUUCCACCACAAUAUUUGCCAGGAGGAGCCCUGGGAGAUGUUCUUCCUGCUCGUGCUGCCUUGCCACCACUAUAUCUUCCUGUUAGAGCCUUGGGAGAUAUCCCACCCGACCUUGCUGCUCUACCACCACAAUAUAUGCCUGGUGCAGCCUUGGGAGAUGCCCCACCUGAUCUUGCUGCCUUACCACCUCGACAAUAUGUGCCAGAAGGAGCCCUGGGUAAUGUUCCACCUGACCAUGCUGCCUUGCCACCACUACAAUAUAUGCCAGAAGGAGCCCUUGGAGAUGUCCCGCCUGACCGAGCUGCCUUGCCACCUCAAUACAUGCCUGAAGGAGCCUUGGAAAUUGCUCACCUUGAGCAUGCUGCCCUGCUACAAGGUAGAGUGCCCCAUGAAGCUCCUCCUGCUAUGGCUGCCCUGCCCCGACAAGGCAGAGCACCCCAUGAAGCUCCUCCUGUCAUCGUUCUACCCCGACAAGGCAGAGCCCCCCAUGAAGCCGUUGGGCUGCCCAGGCAAGGCAGAGCCCCUCGUGAAGCUCCUCCUGCUGUUGCUGCUCUGCCACGACAAGGCAGAGCCCCACGUGAAGGUAUUCCUGCUGUUGCUGCCCUGCCACGGCAAGGCAGAGCCCCUCGUGAAGGUAUUCCUGCCCAUGCUGCCCUGCCACGUCAAGGUAGAGCUCCUGGGGAAGGCCCUCCUGCCCAUGCUGCCCUACCACGACCAGGGAGAGUUCCUGGUGAAGGGCUUCUUGUCCAUGCUGCUCUGCCACGACAAGGCAGAGCUCCCCCUGAAGCCCCUCCUGCUCCUGCUGCCCUGCCUCAACAUCUGCCUGGUGGAGCCCAGAGAGAAUUACAUGGACGUCGUGCCCAUGCUGCCCUGCCAAGGCAAAAUCUACCUGGAGGAGCCCAGAGAGAUGCCCCACAUGUCCGUGCUGUUCCUCAGCAACAUCAACCUGGUGGAGUCCCGCGUAUUGGUGCUGCCCUUAGACAACAGCUGCCUGUGGGAGCCCUACGAGAACUACAUUUCCCACGUGUGCCUGCUGCCCUUCGUAGACAUAAUCUCCGUUUGGGAGCCCUGCGAGAACUACAUGCACUUAGGGUCCGUGCUGACCUUCGUAGACAACAGCUGGCUGGAGGGGCCCCUCGAGAUGCCCCACAGCCCCGUGCUGCCCCACAGCCCCGUGCUGCCCUUCCAAGACAACAUCUGCCUGUGGGAGCCCUUCGAGAACUAUAUGCCCCACGUGUCCGUGCUGCUCUCAUACGGCAAUAUCUGCCUCCAGGAGUCUUGCGAGAAUUACAUGCCCCGCGUGUCCGUGCUGCCCUUAUACGCCAUCAUCUCCGUAUGGGCGCCCUACGGGAACUCCAUGCAUUGCAUGUCCGAGCUGCCCUUCGUCGUCAACAAUUGCGUGCAGGAAUCCUGCGAGAACUACAUGUUCCGCAUGCUCGUGCUGCCCUUAGGCGACAACAGCUGCGUAUGCGAGUCCUACGAGAGCUACAUGCGCUGCGUGCCCGUGCUGCCCUUCAACGACAGCAUCUGCGUGCAGGAGUGCUGCAAGAACUACAGGUCCCAGGUGUCCGUGCUGCCCUUCGACUCCUCAGCGCCCUUCAUCGCCUCCAUUUCCAUACUCUGCCUGCCCAUCCAUCUCGUUGGGGACCAGCCCUGCGGCUGCCAGCCAGAGUUCACCAGAGAUUACUACGAGACCGAAGUGGACUUUUGCUACUCCCAGUGUGGCGGCACCCCAGGGCCCUGCUACAACCCAGAGGAAGGCUACGGUUUCGCCUGCCGCUGCCCAGAGGGCUUCGCAGGCGAGCACUAUGAGGUGGAUGCCCACUUGGGCCUAUGUGCUCCCAGAAUCUGCAAGAAUGGGAGCACCAAUGUCAACUUGUUGGUUAGUGGCUUCAAAUGCAACUUCCCAUCAGGUGACUGUGAGAAACCUUACUGCCAAAUGACCAUCAGAUUUCCUGCUCCAUCCUUCUUUAUCUUUCAAGGUCUUCAGCAGUACUUCCAUUUCAUUCUGGCCCUCAUGUUUACCACAAAGGAGAGGGACAGACUUCUGUACAACAGGCCCUUAUAUGAAAAGAACAACUUUGUGUCCAUUGAAUUGAUUCGGGAACAAGCCCAGUUCACUUUAUUCACAGGGGAAUCAACAACCAUUGUAUACCCAUUCAUUCCUGGAGGGGCUAGUGAUGGCAGGUGGCUCACUUCCCAACUGCAUAAGCCACUGCUAGGGAGCUCUGUACUCUCUCAAGGACUUUAUGAACUGAAAGUGACUGUGGUGAUGAUGGAUGUCUGGAUCAAGUCUCUGGAUGUGCUAAGAGAACUCCCUGAACUGCCUGAGAGCUUUCCCACCUGCACCUACCACUUUGUGGGCCAUAUACAAAUCCUACAAGUGGAUAGCCAGUGCAUGGACAUAGUUGAUUUCAUUACUGAAGAGGACAGUGUACCUGGGUGCAUAGCCACGAAAAAUGAAUAUGACAGCAACACCUGCCACAGUAGGGGCACCUGUGCCAACCAGUGGGAUACAUUCAGCUACAAGUUCUUUCUGGGCUAUGGAGGCAAGAAUGCCCAGGAGCUGGAGAAUCCUCAGCUCUUUCUGGGUAGGAGCCUAAUGGCCUGGCAUGAUUUGGAACUUCCCAUCCACCAGGGAGGUGGUAUCUUCCUGCAGAGGAUGAUCAUAGGACACAGUCCCAUCACCAUAAAGGUGAUUUGGAAUAAGAGCAUGAGAAGGGUGGAGAUGGCAGAGGAUACCAACAGCCAUGAUCUUAACAGAGCAGUACAUGCCAAUGCCAAGCAGGACUACAGCUUCCCUGACCCUUGUGACUCAAAUCCCUGCCCAACUAACAACUAUUACAGUGAUGACUCCUGCAGUUGCAAUGCUGGUUACUACGGUGAUAUCCCUGCCAACAUCUGUACUCUUAAACUCUGUGAGUGUCUAUCUGUGUGUACCUGGAAGCCUCAUGAUUACAUCUGCAAGUUUCCCCACAACUCCUCUGAGCUGUACUGUGAGACCAGGAUUGACCAGCUAUAUCCUCAAGAAUGGUGGGGACAUCUCGCUUGUGGCCCUUGCAACUGUGACUUCAGCCAAGGCUCUGACCCCAAUUGCAACAAGACAAGUGGACAGUACUGUUACAAGGUCUGUAACCCAGAGGAUAGCCAGUGCCCUUUCAAACCAGGCAUCAUUUGGCCCCGGUGUGACCCUUUUGUUAAGGUGACAAUCAGUCACUGUAAAGCCCCUCCUGUCUACUCUACACCAGGAAUAGCAGUGUGGCAUUGUGAUGAGCAACAAGGAUGGUUACCCCCCUGUCUCUUCAGCUAUAUUUCAGUCACCUUCUUGGAGCUUAUGGCCUUUAAAACAUUGAGAGUUGGCAGUUCCUUUCUCAGUAUUGUCAACAAGCAUAACUGGGACCUGAUUCAGCAGAUGGAGAGUGGCACAACCUGGUUGCUGCACCAAUAUGAAGCUUAUGCUACUACCCUGGCCCAGAAUAUUCACCACACCUACCUGGGCCCAAUAGCCACCAUCACAUUCAACAUUGACCAUCAGCCAGCAAGUGGACCAGAAAUACCAAGUGAGGCCUGGCAGCAGAGGAGACACCAGAAAUUAAGCCAGGAGCAGGCAGUGGCCAACAAAAUCAUACCUUGGCUUGUCCGCUGCCCCACAGCUUUCUCCCUGCUAUGGUUCCUACACAUCCUGUCAUCAACAUGCCAGUGGGGAACAUCAGUGUCCACAAUGAUGAGAACCUGUACAAGUCUGUUAUGGUGCAGUGGUUUAAAAAAGCAUUAACUGCUACAAAAGGAAUACUUCAAGGGCCUAGUGAGGAUCCUUGCCUGAUCUUGCCUUAUAUUUUUGCCAUUGUGUAACUAGGGAUAUCAUCAAGGAGACCUCCCUAACCCUAAUGAAAUACAUUCUUUUUUAAGGAGUAUACCAUUUAUUGUAAGACCAGAUAUGUUUGUUAGAAUGAGCAGUUGUCUCUUUUUUUCUUUUCAUAAGUAUUGUCUAAAUGUUACUAGCCAAGUUGUUAAUGGCCCAUGAGGUUGAUAUGUGCCACAUUCUGAAUGAAUAAACUGCAUUUUUCCUGA